AUGGUCGUACCACCAGCUUUUGAUGCAUUGUUGAAGAUAAAUCGAGAGACUUUACCAACGAAUGUUACGCUCAAAGAUUAUAAUGAAGUGAUUUGGAAAGUGAAGAUGGAGAGGAAAGGAAAGGACUUGAUUAUUGGAGACGGGUGGAAAGGUUUUGUUUCUCAUCAUUGUUUAAAAGAUGGAGACUUCAUCCUUUUUAAGUAUGAUGGUUCUUCUCAAUUUGAUGUUCAUCUCUAUGGUAUUAAUGGGCUGAAGAAGGGAAAAGUUAAAGAAUAUAGUAAGGUGAACGAUGUUCAUGUGAAAGAUGAACCAAUAACUGAAGAAAGGCCCACAGAUUGUGAGCCAAUUGUUGCUAGUGGUUCCGAUGGGAAGAAUACAGAAACUGAACCAACAGAUCGAAGAUCAGAAGCUUCAAGUGGAAGUAGUGGAUCUAAACCAAGUGAAACCCUUGUCAGGAAACCUAGAGAACGCCAAGGGGCUAGAGCAGUAUCAGCUGUCGCAAGACAAAAAGCCUCCUUUGUUUUUAAAAUGACUAAAGCCAAACGAUAUGUUUAUGUUCCUUUAUUAGUGCUGAAAGCCCAUAAUAUUAAAAUGAAGGAAGUGAUGAAACUUCGAGAUGAGAAUGGGAAGUUUUGGCCUGUACAUGUCAAAUUCCUGGACAAUGGUCAAAUUUAUCUUACUUCUGGAUGGCUGGAGUUCUGCAGGGCAAAAAAGUUGAGCGUUGGAGACAAGUGUGCUUUUGAAUUUAUCAUCCCAGAAGAUAAGGAUAGUAAUGUAAUACAGGUGCAAGUUGUUUCUCGCAAGCAAGGUGCCCCAACUCAAGAACCUGCUUCAUCUGGAAGAAAUACAUCUAAACAAACAGAAAAUAACGUUAAAAAAGUUGUGGCUGGUCGUCGCAAAAGUCCACGCUCUGUGGUGAAAAUGAAUCCAAUAUCAAAAGAUACUAUAGAUGACUUAAUUGAAUUAAAUGCCAGAAAAGAGGAGAAAACACUGAUCUGCAACAGGACUUGCCCCAAUGGUUUACGCAGAAAUGCCUGCGAAACAGCGGAACUACUAGUAUUGUCCUUCGUCUCCCAGAUGGGAGACAUUGGCGCUCUGAAUUCUUCCUUGAAGUAUUCAAGGGAAGCUCAAGAGCAAGCCUGA